CCCCGAGAUCUCUUUAAAGUACAGUAUUCUGCGGGGCCUUGGCGUGGAGCUGCUGCAGAGCCGUGGUUACAAUCUCCGGAGCCCAGCAGCCGCUCUCUGUAGGGAGGGGAGCACGCAGCCGGGGUCUUACUUUAGGGUGAAGUUUCAAUUUGGGCCAACGGGCACUGUCGUGACCACGGCUAUCCUAGUGCCCCCUUUCUCCAAAGGAGGAUUUCCUGCCGCAGGCAACCGGGUAAGGAUGAGGUCUCCGUUCGCCUGCGUUUCUGUUCAGGGUAGGAAGAUCGGCACUGUCACAACUGACGGGCGACACCACGAUUCUCCUGCGGCCCCACUCCGCUCCCAGACUUUGGAUGGUGUUGGGGAGGUACGAGAGCAGAGAUUGGACCUGGGACACAGAGAGUGUGUCAUUCGUUCUACUCUCCUCAGGGUCCGUCCAUGGCUUCCCAGGAGAGGGUGAAAGCAGUGGCCAAAGGAACGGGGUUCUGGCGCUGCCGAAAGCCAGCCGCUUACACCCCAGGGACUUGCGAGCUGCUCAAAGGUCGUGAUGAUGAAGGAAUCCAAACUGACUAACUUCCAACAGCGCCACAUCAUGGACUCCAUGAAAAGAGGAGACACUCUGCCCUUACAGUGCAGCCCAACAUCCAGCCAGAGGGUCUUGCCUUCCAAGCAGACGGCCCCGGCCAUCAGCUUGCCUCCCAUCCUGGCAGCCCGGUCCCACCUCCGGCCUGCCAGCACAUGCCAAGCCAACGGAGCCUACAGCCGGGAGCCAUUCGAGCCGCAAGCCACCAGAGACAUGGAGAAAGAAAAACGAAGACUCCAAAAUAUCUUUGCCACUGGGAAGGACCCAGACAAAUGGAAAAGAAAGCCGCCUCCUGUGUAUCAGGAAGACCCAGCCCCUGAGCCGGACCGGUUUGAAGAACUGAUAAAGGAAAUCCAGGAGAGGAAAGAGUUCCUGACUGACAUGGAGGCCCUAGGACAGGGCAGACAAUACCGAGGAAUCAUCCUUGCUGAAAUCUCCCAGAAACUACGGGAAAUGGAAGACAUUGACCACAAGAGGAGUGAGGAGCUUAGGAAGGCUCUUGCCACCGCUUAAUCUCUCUCCAGGGACAAGGACAGGAUAGCCCCACCUGGCCACUGAAGCCCACCCCUUUGCCAAGC